CCCCUUUAGUAAAGCGACGUCUGAGACAUGCGAAUUUUCUAAACGGACAGUGCUGUGUAUUGAUAAAAUAUGGAAAAAAGUAUUUUAUAUGUUAUUUUAUUAAGUGGGAUAGUUGGUUUUACGGAAGCAUCACUUAAGAUAGAUUUAAGCAAAAGUCGUGUUUUCGAUUAUGAUCUUUACAAAAAAGUACUGAAUUCAACAGAAUGUAGGAGGCAAAUUACAUAUAUGCAGUCAAACGACCUUAUGCUGUUUGGUCAAUUUCUAGAUUCAGGCGUGCGGAUUCCAAGAGGGAUUUUUAUGCUUUCUUUCACAGACUUAGGAAAUUAUGAUCAAUGCCUUGCAAUAGACGAGGAAGCCGAUGAUAUGAAAAUACAGGGGAAAUAUGCCGUUUUUACACUGCCAUUUAAUCAAACAUUGCAAUUCCCAUUUCUUAAUUUUACUCAAAGGAGUUUGGAGACUAGAAAAUUUGUACAAUUUAAAAGCAUUAUACAGGAAGUCCAGUCAAUAGCAGUUCCCAAUAUUGAUGCUGAUUCAUUGGACCCAGAAAAUCCUUUGUCCAUUGCUGGAAUGCGUUUCGCUGCUUGCAUGCCAAAGCCAUGUAGUUUAAAUGACUGGUUGGAAAUGCCCUUUAUCAACAUUACUGCUUGGGGUAUUAAAGUUGAAAAGGAAUACUACCGCCUACCCGAUGACAAGCCCUGGGUUGCUGCCGAUUAUGCGGCCAUUGGAAUCUUAUCAGCACUGGGUCUUAUAACAAUUCUUGCUACUCUUUACGAUAUCAACCACAUUGUUAUUAAAAAAGAAGACCCAAAGAAAGCGAACACAUAUUACCGAAUAUUCUCGGUUUAUACCAAUACUCGUCGACUUUUGACCUUUGUUCCUAACCCAAACGCUUUGGAUUGCUUGGACGGAAUCAGAUCUAUAUCUAUGCUGUGGGUCAUUCUUGGUCACGCUUUUUCUAUGCACAACUUUCACGCAAACCUCAUUGACGCUCUGCUGUGGUUGACAAGCGGUGAUGCUAUAAUAAUUUCAACGGGCUUAUUCUCAGUAGAUUCUUUUCUAUUGAUGGCUGGUCUUUUGCUUGUUUAUACGACUGUUGGAAAGCUAAGAGGAAAUCAACUGAUAAAACGUCUGCAUUUAUUUUAUCUCAAUCGCAUUCUACGAAUGUUUCCAUUGUUAGCUAUCUUAGUUCUCCUAGAAGCCUCUUUAUUACAUCGAAUAGGAGACGGUCCUUAUUGGCAAAAAGUUGCAUCCAAUACAGAAGCUUGUAGAACUUUUUGGUGGACUACUUUGUUGCACAUACAGAAUUAUGUCAACCCUGAAGACAUGUGCAUUAAACACUCCUGGUACAUUGCUAUUGAUAUACAACUGCAUAUCUUGUCACCGUUGGUUCUAUACUGGGUCUUAAGUAAAAACCGGAAAGCAGCUUGGACGUCACUAUCAACAUCAUUUUUAGCUGUAAUGACUGCUUCGACGAUUUUCAUUUUUAUGAAAGAUCUACCAUCUACCAAUAUGACUAUACCACGACUCGAAGAACAAACCUAUUAUAUGAAUGUUUUCUACAUGAACACUUUGACGAGAGCUUCUCCGUUUUUAAUUGGAAUGAUAACAGGAUACAUCAUAAAUAUGUAUAAAGGAAAAGAACUUAAACUGAAUAUGUUUUUCGUGAUAAUUGCUUGGAUUAUUUCACUUGGACUGAUUGGAUUCUGUUUUUAUGCUUCAUACGCAGUAAUGCAAUUGGAUUGGGACGAUCAAGUUGGAGACAGUCUAUUUAAUUCAUUCAUGAGAGCGAUCUGGUCUAUUGGAUUAUCAUGGCUAAUAUUUGCCUGCGUCAAAGGAUACGGCGGGCCAAUAAACUGGUUACUAACGCUUCCUAUCUGGAAACUACCAGCUCGGAUCUCAUUUGCGAUGUACUUGUAUCAUUAUCCCCUUAUGUUUAUGAUUGCUGGAAUGCAACUACAACCGACCUACUUCACUGUGUCAGGACGAUUGUACGACUUUCUGGCAUUUUUGUCUAUAUCUUUUCUCGUAUCAUUCGCUUUAACAGUAAUUGUGGAUGCACCAUUCUCAGUGAUAAUCAAAAUAUUAAUGGAAGGAGGACAAAGGCGUCCUCCAAAGCCUGCAGAAAAUGGAAGCCAUAAGACCGGUCCAUUACCAAUCAAAGACGUGUCUGUAUUAGAAAGGAACAUAAUCACAACACUUCAAAAAGAUCCCUCUAUAAUGGAGAAAAACCAAGCAUUGGUAGGAGAAAAUAUAUCACCUGAGAAGAAUGGUAUUCAGAUUCACAAUAACGGCAUGACCUCUGAAAAAAAUGGACCACGUCAUGACGAAUUUAAUGACACAGUUUCAAAUACAAAUGGUAACCUUAUUGUUAAAAAUGAUACAAUAAGUGAACCAAAUGGAAAAAUAGAUCACAACGGGGCUGGAAAAGAAGAACUACACGUUGAAUCGGGCAAAGACAUUUCAAGAUUUUACAUUUUAAUCGGCGUGUCUGUGUCCGUUGCACUCAAAAUAGAAAUGAAAAAAAUAUUGUUCUUCAAUAUAUUUAUAAACAUAUCUCAACUAAUUAACUGUCAUAUGUUUCUUGAAUGGCAACCACCAAAUAGUGCAAUCAAUAAUGAGAUAUACGAAAAUGCACUAGAUCCAGAAAAAUGUCAAAGACAUUUACAAUACAUGAUUAAAAAUGAUAAUUUUCUAUUAUUUGAAUUCUUGGAUGCUGGUUUGAGAAUUCCAAAGGGAAUAGUUUUAGGCAACACUGUUGAUUUUGGAAAUUACCAUCAAUGUAUAGGAAUCAAUCGAAAUCUUGAUGAUACUAGCAUAGAAGGAAAAUAUUGCGUUAUAGAAGUUCCACUUAAUCAAAGUUUUUCUAGUUAUAAAUAUAAAAUUAAUUAUUUCGAUCCCAAGUUUAUGGAUUUGGAUGAAAGUGUUAAGUCCAAAUUAAGGGAAUAUGAGCAUAUGAAAAUCACAGGUUUUAAAUUAUUAGACGGAAUGGACACUUAUAUUGGUGACCGAAAAGUAGGAGAUGAUAAUCCACUCUCAGAUAUAAAUUUUCGUUUAGCUUUAUGUUUACCUAAAUCGUGUACCACAAAAGAAGCUCUUAAUGCCUUCCUUUUUGAUAUUGCUGAUAGAGGCUUUAUAUACAAAGAUGACUUUUGUCGCUUUGCCAAUGAUAAACAGUGGCUUGUUGGUGAUACAGUAGCAGUUGUUAUUUUAUCCUUUUUGGGAUUUAUCGUACUUAUUUGCACAAGUUAUGACAUUUGGUAUAACAUCAUACUUAAGAAAGAUUCCAAAAACUACAACUUAGUGCUUGGUUCUUUCUCAGCAUACACUAAUACAAGAUAUGUUUUAACUUUUAAGUCCACUUCUAAUUCGUUACUUUGUUUGGAUGGAAUCAGAGCGUUAUCCAUGAUUUGGAUUAUUUUUUCCCAUUCAUUUUCAACCCAAAUGUUUAUUAUGAAUCCUAUUGAUAGCCUUAAGUGGGUGACGUCUUAUAAAGCCAUAUUAAUAGUUGCUGGUACAAUUUCAGUAGACACUUUCUUUAUGCUAAGUGGAUUGUUAAUAGUGUAUACGGCAGCUAGGAAGUUAAGCGGUGCCCAACUCCUGAAAAAUCUUCACUGGUUUUAUUUAAAUCGUCUCCUUCGAAUGUUUCCUAUUCUUGCGCUUUGUGUGCUCUUAGAUGCUACACUUUUCAAUCACGUUGCUGAUGGACCGUUUUGGGGGCAGGUGGCUGGAAAUGCUGAUAGGUGUAAAUCAUUUUGGUGGACUGCACUCUUACAUAUACAGAACUAUCUGAAUUGCUACAAUUUAUGUUUAGGUCAUUCUUGGUAUUUAUCAGUGGAUGUUCAGUUACAUAUUUUAUCACCCCUCAUAUUAUUUUGGGUGUUAAAUAAAGAAAGAACAGUAGCAUGGUCAGCUCUUAUAUUUGCAAUGCUCGGAAUACUAAUUGCUGCAACAGCAUAUAAUUUUAUGAAGGAACUUCCUUCUAGCACAUUUAUGCCCACGAGAACACAUGAAGCUAUGAACUAUGUAGUUUUUUACUAUACAAAUACACUGACUAGAGCUCCUCCUUUUAUAGUUGGUAUGAUAUUUGGGUACUUGUUGCAUACUCUUAAAGGAAGACAAAUAAAGAUUCAUUCGGUUGUAAACGUAUUCCUUUGGCUGUGUUCUUUGUGCUGUCUUGGUGUUAUUCUUUAUUCUGUUAACCCUACUCUGCAAUUGGAUUACGCCAAUCAGAUUGCUGACAGUUGUAUAAAUUCUUUCAUGAGACCGAUGUGGGCUUUGGGCUUAGGAUGGAUUAUUUUUGCCUGUGUUCACGACUACGGAGGUCCAAUAAAUUGGUUUCUGUCUUUGCGAAUAUGGAAGCUACCAGCACGACUGUCAUACGCAUUGUAUCUAUUUCACUACUCACUUAUGGUUGUCAUUAAUUCCACAAAGUUACAACCAACUUAUUUUACGGUUGAAACAAUCGUAUUUGAGUUUAUAAGUUUCUUUUCUCUAUCUCUAAUUGUUGCUUUCGCCGCAACAGUGUUAGUAGAUGAGCCAUUUGCAAAUUUGACUAAAUUAUUUUUGGUUCUAGGUGAACCCGCCAAAAAAGAAAGAAUAUUGGAAAAUACCCAAGAAUCAAGUAAGGAUAAUUAAUUAUAAAAUUGAAGAAUUUGUUUCGUGAUUAGAAAAAAAACAGUUCUUGAAUCCUUGAUCUCUCUGCCAAGUUCUGCUGUGCGUAAAUAGAAUUCCGUUUAAUCUAAUUCCAGACUUCAGUUGUAAUGAAUUGCGUUAAGGGAAUUUUUGUUUGGUUCUUAUAAAAAGCAUUUUAUGUCCGCCUGCAAAAUUAUUAAUAAUAAAUAAAAUUGCUUAUUUGUUAUAUCCAUAAAUAAGACGAAUAAUGAGAAGUUGUUAAUUUGUGACCUUUGUUCAUUUUUUUAAACAUAUGUGUAAGAUCUUAUUCCUAAAUUUAAGGACAUUGUAUAUUUAUCAAGGCAACUUUGAAGUAAAUUGUGAAAUAUUAAAAACUAAAUGAGAGUUUCUUAAUAGUUUAAAUUAAUUAUAAACAAUCAUAUAUCAAUAUGAAUUCUAUUUAAAACCAAACAUAGGACCUUCUACGCCGAAUGACAAAUACUUAACUUUGUUGAUUGCAGGACUACAGAACGGUAGGUAAAAACUUCUAAUGUACACACAUCAACAUUGCCUAGGGAUAUUUCAUUUUUACC